UCCAAGGCUGUUGAAUUUCUUUUCGGAUACCCCUUCAUCGGCUGUGGUGAUGUCGGUGUCUCUCUCCGCUCACCCUGCAGUGAGAGACAGAAAUCUCUCGCUCUAUCCGUCUAUCCCCGGCGCGCACUACGCGGACGUCCUCAAGAGCGCGCACAACAUCUUCCACCCGCUCAAGUCUCUGGGUCGCAUGGUGACCGACACACAGACCAUCAUGCCGUUUAAUUUCACGGGCACGCCGUCUUUUUUCAGCCACAACAGCCACCAGACUGCGGUGUUUCACGAACAGAUCCUCAACGUGUCCAACAUGCCAUAUUUUCAGCAUGUUCAGCCUUCGCAAAGAGCGUACUCUAAACACGAAGAGCGGAUCACUGGCUCACUGUCGGAGUUCAGCAGUCCGUCCAGUGAGAAGUGUUCAUCGACUUCAUCUUCUCCGUGUAAAGACGGUUUCAUCUACAUGCAGGCCACAGAUCUGCUGCCCGAACAACCUCGCACCUACAGCUUUACAGAGGAGGACCUCUUCACGGUUCUGUACGGAUAUUCCAAAAAACAGGGGCAAAAUCUUGGCCAUGCCAUCUCUGGAUUAUCAUUUCCUCCUGGUACAGCUGAUCGACAUCAUCUACCUACUGAUACUGCAGGGCUUGAACUUCCAGAAGGAUUAUCGAUUAUCCAAACUAAUUGUGGAAGCCUUUCCCAUUAUGGUGUAUUUGCUGAUAAAAGCACAAUUCCAAAAAGCACAAGGUUUGGACCAUUUCAGGGGAAACAAGUGAACACGAGUGAGAUCAAAACCUACGAUGACAACACGCUCAUGUGGGAGAUUUUUGAGAAUGGUCGCUUGAGUCACUUUGUGGAUGGGAGAGGCGCGACAGGGAACUGGAUGUCAUUGGUGAAGUGCGCGCGCUUUCCAGAGGAGCAGAACCUGACUGCUGUGCAAUGUGAGGGUCAGAUAUACUACGAGGCCUGCAAAGAUAUCCAACCCGGCCAGGAACUGUUGGUCUGGUACGGAGACUGCUAUGUGCAGUUUUUGGGCAUCCCACUCACGCUCAAAGAGUUUAUUGAUGACAACGAGCAGCUUUCAGUUGAAGAUUCCGGAGAGGGUUUCAAGUGUGAUCGAUGUGGAAAAGUCUUCGCUUAUAAGUACUACAGAGACAAACACUUGAAAUACACGCGCUGUGUCGAUCAGGGCGACAGAAAAUUUCCCUGUCACCUCUGCAACAGGUCUUUCGAGAAAAGAGACCGACUCCGAAUUCACAUUCUCCACGUACACGAGAAACACAGACCACAUAAGUGCUCCGUUUGCGGGAAAAGUUUCUCUCAGUCCUCCAGUUUGAACAAACACAUGCGCGUGCACUCAGGAGAGCGUCCAUACAAGUGUGUUUACUGUAACAAGGCUUUUACGGCGUCCAGCAUUCUCCGCACCCACAUCAGGCAGCACUCCGGUGAGCGGCCGUUCAAGUGCAAACACUGCGGUAAAGCGUUCGCGUCUCACGCUGCCCACGACAGCCACGUGCGGCGAACACACGCCAAAGACAAACCUUUCUCUUGUGAUGUCUGUGGAGUUACUUUCCAAGAAGCUCAAGAGUUGAAACAUCACAUGAAGACUCAUAAAAAGCGCCCACUUUUGGAAAACACUGUGCUUCUUCCUGGUGAUGAGAACACUUUACACUCACAAAAACAGCUGGGAGAUCAUUUCUCUUUUCCAGGGAUGACCAGUAUCACCUCCGAGUACAGACCCUGGAAAUAAAAUGAAACGUCACUAAGACAUUCCCACCAAAGAGGACUUUCUCAAUGUUGUCUGGUAUUGUGUAUUUUAUUUAAUGUAGUUAAAUUACAUCUUAAAUACUUUGCUUUAAUUAUAUUAUUUCUAUGUUGUUGCUAUUUAUUAAAGUGUUGAUUAAAGUGUUGUUGGCUAUAGAAAUGAACGUUUUUGUACUUUAAAAGUUAGCUCCAAGCAAAUAUCUAUACGUGUAAUAGUGAGCUGCACAACCAAAGCCGGUUAAUAAUAUGCCUUUUAAAGAUUAAUCCAUUAUUUUAUUUUAUAUAAUUAUUAUUUUAUAUCAUUAUUGUUAUCAUUUUUAUUAUUAAUAAUAAUGAACGCUACACGUC